UCUUCUUGUCUUCUGUCCUUUCUUCCAUUCUUUCCUACUCUUCUCUCUUCUCCUUCUCUUCCUGCACCCACUCUCUUUGCACCCACUGCGGCGCUGCAGUGCUCGCAACGCCGCAUGUCUCAAGCACAGCAGGUCCGCCUGCGCGGACCUAAAGACGCCAAACGACCGCAGACGCCGAUCACAGACUCCGCCGCGCUGCUCAAUGGAAAGACGGCGGAGGAACCAUGGGCGGGCGUGACGGGCCAGCUCAAGCACGCGAAGAAGAGCGACUGGGACCACAGCGUUGCCUUUGCCAUCAUCACACUGUUGGGCUUCCUCACCCGCUUUUGGGGCAUCAGCCACCCCGACCAGGUCGUGUUUGACGAAGUCCACUUUGGCAAGUUCGCAAGCUACUAUCUCCAACGAAGCUACUUCUUCGACGUCCACCCCCCCUUCGGCAAGCUGCUUUUCGCCUUCGCCGGCUGGCUCGUGGGCUACGACGGCAGCUUCCUCUUCGAGAAUAUCGGCGACUCCUACAUCGACAAUCACGUCCCCUACGUCGCAUACCGCGCAAUGCCGGCCCUGAUGGGGGCUCUGACGGUCUCAGUCACAUAUCUGAUCAUGUGGGAAUCCGGGUACAGCCUGCCUGCUUGCAUACUCGCGGCUUCGCUUGUGCUGUUCGAUAACGCACAUGUGGGCCAGACGCGACUCAUUCUGUUGGACGCCACCCUGGUGCUGUUCAUGGCAUUGAGUGUACUGUGCUAUAUUCGCUUCUACAAAUUGCGUCAUGCCCCCUUUGGCAGAAAGUGGUGGAAGUGGCUGCUCCUGAGUGGUGUCUGCAUGAGCUGCGUGAUCAGCACCAAAUAUGUCGGAGCCUUUACCUUCUUCUCCAUUGGCGUGCCAGUGAUGAUCGACCUCUGGGAGUUGUUAGACGUCAAUCGCAAGAGGGGCGCUCUCAGCCUGCCAGAUUUUGGCAAACACUUCGCCGCGCGUGUCAUUGGACUGGUCGUAGUCCCUUUCCUGAUGUACUUGUUCUGGUUCCAAGUCCAUUUUGCCAUUCUCUCGCGCUCUGGACCGGGCGACGAUUUCAUGACACCAGAGUUUCAAGAAACUCUUUCUGACAAUUUGAUGGCGCAGAAGGCUGUGGGAAUCGACUACUUUGAUGCCAUAUCCAUGCGCCACAAGGACACCAAGGUAUAUCUCCACUCGCACUUCGACAAGUACCCACUGCGAUAUGAGGACGGGCGUGUUUCGUCUCAGGGUCAGCAAGUCACUGGCUACCCACACAACGAUACGAAUAACCUUUGGCAAAUUAUCCCAGCCGAACCACUUGAGGGCUUAGGACAUCACGUCAAGAACAACGACAUUGUCCGCCUACGACACCUCGUUACAGACUCCUGGCUCUUGACGCACGAUGUUGCUUCACCAUAUCACCCCACCAACCAAGAAUUUACUACAGUCUCACUCGAACAAGCCAAUGGCGCGCGUUUCAACGACACUCUAUUCGAGAUUAGAAUUGACAACGGCAAGGCCGGUCAGGAGUUCAAGACACUUUCUUCACACUUCAAGCUCAUACAUGUGCCCACCAAAGUAGCUAUGUGGACUCACACCACACCUCUUCCCGAAUGGGCUUACAAGCAGGCCGAAAUUAACGGGAAUAAGAACGCACUACAGACUUCCAACACAUGGUAUGUGGAGGAUAUUCAAGGCAUCCCGGCUGACUCUCCUCGCAAUGUUCGCGAGGUACGAAAGCCGAAGAGCAUGCCUUUCAUGAAGAAGUACCUAGAGCUCCAGCGUGCAAUGUUCUAUCACAAUAACGCCUUGACGUCGUCCCACCCGUACGCGUCGCAACCCAUCCAGUGGCCUUUCCUCCUCCGUGGUGUCAGCUUCUGGACCGAGUCAACCACGAAGUCGCAGAUCUACUUCAUGGGCAAUCCGAUCGGCUGGUGGUUCUCUUCCGCUCUUCUGGCUGUGUUCGCAGGGAUCAUCUUCGCCGAUCAAAUAUCUGUUCGUCGCGGCGUGGAUGCACUCGACACACGCUCGCGUUCCCGACUGUACAACAGCACAGGAUUCUUCUUCCUGUUGUGGGCAGCCCACUAUCUCCCCUUUUUCAUCAUGGGCCGUCAACUCUUCCUCCACCACUAUUUACCAGCUCACUUGGCGUCUUGUUUAGUCGCCGGCGCAAUUGUAGAGUUCAUCUUCAACAUUGAGCCCCAAGAGAUUCCAAAUAUUGGCUCUGGCAACCCCAUCGUGGACGGCAAAAAGGGCAAUAAAGCACAAGCAGCUCAGCGCAGCAAGCCGAUUCGUGAGCGCAUUGCUGGUCAGACAUUGAUCGGCACGUGGGCUGCCAGUGGCGUGAUCGUCGCGUCGCUCAUCUGGAGCUUCUGGUUCUUUAGCCCAUUGACGUAUGGAACGCCAGGGUUGGAGGUUUCACAGGUUCUUGCAAGGAAGUGGUUGAAUUAUGACUUUCACUUUGCCAAGUAAAAGGGGCAUGGUGUUGAAAGCGCCCAGGACGACAGCGUGGUCGAUUGGGUCUGACCAUCAAAGGUGGUUUUUGGUAGUUCAGCGGGCGUUGGGACUCGCAGAGACAGCAGGCUAGUUAGCAAGACAGGACGACUGACCAGUGUAACAUUACUUUUUUGCCGCUGCUCUGUGCUUCCACUGUCUACUUGGGUGAUGUGUAAUGGAAUAUGGACAGAUGACAGGACCUGGAAAAGACGCAGACCAAAAUGUGGCAAGAGAGCAGAUGCAUAUCUUGUCUGGGCUACCUCCCGAUCCAUUAAUCAUAUCUAGCUGCUUUUGAUGCGUUAGUCGUGUGUCAAUUUCUGCUUCUGGUCUCCAUAAUAUGCUCGCUGAUUGUCCCCGUGAGACUCGGUGCCGGACCGGAAUCUUUCCGUGAAACGUCUGUGUCGUUCACUUGCUGGCCUUCCACUGCAUCCAUAAAAGGACUGUACGGGGCAGCAAUAGCAUACUCCCUUCCCCUGUCACCGUGCCCGAACGCGCCCGGCCAACGUCGUUGCUGCUCGUGUAAAGCGUCCAGCGGCUCGCCAGCAAUGCCAUACUUGGCCCAAUUGACAUGUGGCAUCCGCACUACAGUCUGCGGACCAGGUAUCCUGGGGAAGUGCUUCUGGACUUCAUGCUCCGACUCCGCCUUGAUCUUUGGAGGUGCGAGCUGCGAAGGCUCCGAGUCUGGUGUCUCCGCUGGCAAAGAGUUCUCGCUUUGCGCAUCUCGCGUGGCGCCUAAGGUGACCUCGUCGUCCAGGUCAUCGUCCUCGAUAUUGUCCAGGAUCGCACGCAAAUCGCCCAAGCUAGGCCUCUGUUCACGCAGCCGGCCAGCGGCUAACUCGUCCUUGAACGUCUCUGGUUGGUCGAGGGCGCGCUGCUUGAUAGUGACUAGUGUAUGGAUAUCGUGCUGCGCCUUCUUCUUUUGGAACUGCAAUGUAGAUAUAGCUGCACGCAAGGCUAUCGCAUCGCCAGCGUCGUCGCUUGAGAACGGGAGACUCGGCGGCUGGGGUAUGUAGUUCGCCGGAGGUAUGCGAGACGCUGCUGGCGGCAGGAGUGAGGGAGCGUCUCUGGGCAUGUGAGGGUCAUGAUGUUCUUCAGGCGAUACGAGCGGCGGCGCAGUGCAGGCCGGGAGCACGGGCUGGACCUUGGGCGUGAUGGGACUGUAGGCAGGCGCCACAGGCGAUGACGACCCGGUGUGCGAGCUGCGCGAGUGGGAGUGGGAAUGGGAGUGGGCCUGUGAGUCUGGGUCGUCGCGGUAGUCGGGCGGCAAUGCGUGGUAUGUGUAGGCGGGGGCAAUGGUGGUGUUGCUCGUG